AUGUACAAGCUUCAAACCAAAAGGGUAAAAGCUGCUGCUGGGCACAUGUGGACUUCAAAUCUCUCUAAGAUCAGACCAUCUCUCAAAAAUGUUUACCAUAAAUGCAAAAUCCAGCAUCCAAAUUUGAUUAGCUAUCCAACUAUGGCUUCCUAUGAUUGUGACCAGGAUGACAUUAGUACCAAUGAAGAAAUGAAUCUUAGAGUAAUGCUCCAAGAUAUUAAAACUGCCCAAAUUAAACUCCUCAGCCAAAUCACUGACAUUGUCACUGCAGUAUCAAAAAUUCAAGAAAAGACUGACCUUUAUCAGAAGCAGAUGGAGUCACUGGAAACCAGGGUGAAUGUUAAUGAAGACAAGCAAUGUACCAUAACUAAUGAGAUCUUCUCCCUAAAAGAAGACAUCAAUGCUUUGAAGAAGCAGAUGGCAGAACUGGAAAAGCAGAAUUCUUGCUCCAGCAUACACUGUUUAGAGGUUCUAGAGGGAGAAAAGGGUAAAGAAAUCAUAGAACUGCUUCACAAAUUUGUACAAGCAGAAUCUCUGAAGGACACAUCAGUCUCUACAGAAUUUAGAAGCAAUUCAGUAGAACCAGAGAAAGUGCCCAGUUAUCCAGGCCCCACUGGCCAUCUUAAAGAAAAAGCAAUUUGUCCCAAAAUUAAAACUCUGAAGAAAAGUAACCAUCAAAACACAUCAAGAAGCAUUAAAAAAGCAAAGUCAAAUAUUUAUAUUUACCCAGACUUUAGUACAUGGGUCAAGAUAACUUUUGUUCAUGGAGGAAAGUGGAGAUUUUUCCUGAGUGCGACCAAAUUGGAGGAAUUCAUCCAGUGGCUUCUUUCUAGACCAGUCAUCCUUCCUGAGGAACCACAGAUCAUAACCCAGAGUUAUUAUCCAUUUGCCAGGCCUAUUGAGAGCUUGACCACAAUCUGUCUCUCUGUUUUCAACUACAUUUGCUGCCUUUUUGGUUCCUCAAAAGAGGAAGUAACUCGACUAUAG